AUGGCUCUGAAUGGAAUCCCUCAAGUGGUCUUAUCCGCUUCACGAUCUUCCAAUGUCAGCUCCUCAUUGCCUUCAGCUCUCGGCCGCCGGCAAGCUUUCUGCGGCGAUAGUGAAGGAUGGGGUCCGAUAAGCGGCACGAGGUUCGACUUCACACCUUGUUUUCUAGAUGUCUGGGUAUCUCUGGUGGCCGUUUGGGGUCUGGUUAUGGGCGCUGGUGCUAUCUGGUUCUUAUUUACAAAGAGGACCGCUCAGCCCGUACAGAAGAAUUGGCAUUUCUACGCGAAGUUGGCUGUCAUAUGGGCUCUCAUCUUGGUGACCAUGCUCCAAGCUUCGCUUCAGGUGGAGACUUCCCCCAAGAUAUGGCUUGGAGACUUUAGGUUCUGGACAAAUAUCCUUAUUUUCGCAUCUUUGGGCGUUAUAUAUGCUGUGCAGUACUAUGAGCAUUGGAGGAGUCGACAACCGAACGGGGUUGUUUUAUUCUACUGGCUAUUUUUAAUGAUCGUCUACGCCGUCAAACUCCGAUCCCUCGUUUCCCAGCAAUUAUACCGACAUCAAUUGCCUUAUUUUAUCACCUUCGCCGUCGGCCUUGGCCUUGUCAUAACCGAGUUUGUGUUGGAAUAUUUUAUCGAGAAGCAACAAAGCGCAUAUGAUGCGCUGGGAGACGAGGACGAGUGCCCCUACGAAUAUGCUGAUAUCUUUUCCGUUUUGACUUUCUCUUGGAUGACGCCUUUGAUGAAGUUUGGCUACAACAAUUUUCUCACCCAAGAUGAUCUGUGGAAUCUGCGUCGCAGAGAUACCACAUGUGUCACCGGUAGCGAAUUGGAGAAAGCGUGGGCUCAUGAGCUGAAAAAGAAAAAACCGUCGCUCUGGUUUGCCUUAUUCAGAGCGUUUAGCGCACCAUAUUUCCGGGGGGCUGUGAUCAAAUGUGGGAGUGACAUUUUGGCUUUUAUCCAGCGUCAGCUUUUACGGCUCCUUAUCACAUUUAUUGAUUCAUUUCGGUCUGACACCCCGCAACCAGUUGCUCGGGGUGUUGCAAUUGCUCUCGCCAUGUUCCUUGUUUCAGUAAGCCAGACGGCUUGCCUUCAUCAGUAUUUCCAGAGAGCCUUUGAAACUGGAAUGCGUGUUAAGUCUUCUCUGACCUCCAUGAUUUACACAAAGUCCCUGAAACUUUCGAAUGAGGGCCGCGCUUCAAAAACCACUGGUGAUAUCGUCAACCAUAUGGCCGUUGACCAGCAACGACUUUCUAACCUGACUCAGUUUGGAAUGCAACUGUGGUCUGCGCCGUUUCAAAUUACCCUCUGUAUGAUAUCUCUCUACCAGCUUCUUGGGUUGAGUAUGCUUGCGGGUGUUGGAGUAAUGAUAUUGAUGGUUCCACUGAAUGGGCUGGUUGCAAGGAUAAUGAAAAACCUUCAAGUCAAGCAAAUGAAAAAUAAGGACCAGCGAACCAGGUUAAUGACCGAAAUUCUGAACAACAUGAAAACUAUCAAGCUUUAUGCUUGGAAUACCGCCUUUAUGAACAAGCUAAACCACGUUCGCAAUGACCUGGAGUUAAAUACACUCAGAAAAAUUGGCGCCACACAGUCCGUUGCGAACUUUACCUGGUCAUCGACACCAUUCCUAGUCUCUUGCUCCACUUUCGCCGUUUUUGUUUUGACGAAUGAAAAACCUUUGACGACAGAGAUUGUUUUUCCGGCAUUAACCCUUUUCAAUCUACUAACGUUUCCUCUGUCUAUUCUCCCCAUGGUCAUCACGUCCAUCAUCGAGGCUUCAGUUGCAGUGUCUCGCCUUACGACAUACUUCACGGGGGAAGAAUUGCAGGAAAAUGCGGUUACAUUUGAGGACGCUGUUUCUCACACUGGAGAUGAGUCCGUACGAAUCCGGGAUGCAUCCUUUACAUGGAACAAACAUGAAGGUCGAAACGCCCUGGAGAAUAUUGAGUUCAGCGCCAGGAAAGGAGAGCUGAGUUGUAUAGUCGGUCGUGUAGGUGCUGGAAAGUCAUCUUUCCUACAAGCAAUGUUAGGAGAUCUCUGGAAGAUCAAUGGAGAAGUGAUUGUCCGAGGUCGCAUUGCGUAUGUCGCACAACAAACUUGGGUUAUGAACGCUAGUGUCAGGGAAAAUAUUGUCUUUGGUCAUCGCUGGGAUCCCCAUUUCUACGAGGUUACUGUAGAAGCAUGCGCCUUGCUCGAUGACUUCAAGAUUCUUCCAGAUGGCGACCAGACUGAGGUUGGUGAACGGGGCAUUUCUCUCUCUGGCGGCCAAAAAGCCCGUCUAACGUUGGCAAGGGCUGUGUAUGCCCGUGCGGACAUAUACCUUUUGGAUGAUUGCCUAUCCGCUGUGGAUCAACAUGUAGGGAGGCAUAUUAUUAACCGAGUCCUGGGUCGGAAUGGCGUUCUGGCUGGCAAAACAAAGAUCCUCGCAACUAAUGCUAUAGCUGUGCUGAAAGAAGCGAACUUUAUCGCGUUAUUGCGGAAUGGGACUAUCAUUGAGAAGGGAACAUACGAGCAGCUCCUAGCCAUGAAAGGGGAGGACUGCGAAUAUUAUUCGCACCACUACAACUGA